AUGAGGGGAUUUCCAAAAACUCCAACUACCGAGUCCUCUCGCAAUUCUUCUACCACUACUACGAAUACUAGUGCAGCCCCAACUCUAGGUGGCUCAUCCAACGUUAUGGCCAACAUGGCAAACCCUGCGACUGCUACUUCCAUUACCACCACCACCAACCCUAACACAAUAGGUACAGCUAAUCAUAUUAGUGCAGGUGUAGUGAACAACAGCAACGCCAACGUUAAUGGAGUUGCUUCUACUACAAAUACAUUUUCUUGGUCCUCGGUGGCCGCGGCAAAUAGUAACAAUACAGUUUCUAGUCGUACCCUUCAUAACGAACCGUCCGAGAAAACGGACGUGCCUGGUGGAGCUGAGUCAGCUCUGAGUCCUUUUAAAUAUUCAAAAGAGUUCAUGCUGAAAUUUUAUAAGCCAGUAGGAUUACCUUUGGAAUUUGAACGUCAUGAAUAUGUUACAAGUGACGAGCCAUUACCACCGAUGGCAUUGUUAUCAUAUACAGAACAAGAGCAGAAGCUGCUUUCAGGAGCUUCAGUCAAUAGCGAUCUUACUCGUCGUAUUGUAUCUAAUGUCAACGUUGCCACCGCAACUACAGCAAGUGAACGUACGGUGGACAGAGGGCCCUUCUCUCCAAGAGGAGAUAAGCCUUCUAGUACAGGAUUAACUUCACCGAGGACCGAACGAAGAGAAGGAAGUAUUUCAUCAGUAUCGCGACGUGAUGGGGAAAAAGAUGAGGAUAAUAAAGAGGCGCAAAUAGCUCGUCCGAAUCGCACACUUCGGACAGCAAGUCUUUCUAUUCAUCCCCCUACGUUGACGGAUGAUCUAAUGUGGAAUGGCGUGAAUCGUCACGCUGUUGGCACAUUUGAUAGUCACGGAGUAUUUAGAAUCCCAGGUAGUAGCGGUAACAGUAGCAUUACUAAUAACGAGACUUUACCUAACGGUAAACUCAAAGAGAACCAUAGCCGGAAUGAAGUGAAUGAACAAAAUCCUUCGACUGAACCUCCUGAAACGCGCACAGAUGAAAAGUCUGAUACAGACAGGGAUGUGUUGCUACAUGGAGAACCGGCCCCAAUAUAUAACGGAGAAUCCAUUGAACAUGGGAACGACUCUGAACUUUCAUCAGAUGAACGUUCUCAAUCAUCAAUAGAAAUCAUCCAACCGGAACCGCCGGAGCAAGAACAAAAUAAGGAAAAAGAUCAAGGGAUAAAUCAGCGGACUGAAAAUGAACAUUCCUCCUCCUUGCUAACUAAUCAACUUGAAAAUUCAGAAAAUAUGAAAGAAUCUUCGAAUCAGAAACCGGAGGCUGUUUCUGAAUUGCGGAAAUCGGCUUCACCUGUUAAAGACGAAUUCAAAAUAUCAUCGAUUCUUGAAAAAUCACAGCAAGCACCGUCAUCAGAAUUACAAUCUCUAUUGCAAUCCAAUUCUCAAACACAAUUGUUGCUUCAGCAGCAGCAAAAUAUAUUGUUACAGCAGCAGCAACAGCAACAAUUGCUCCUACAACAACAUCAACCUCAUCAGCAAUUGCUACAAGAGCAGCAACAAUUCGUUCAUCAGUCACAGCAGCAUCAACCAAAUCAACAUUCUCAACAGCACCAUCAUCAAAAACAACACUUAUUACAGCAACAAUUAUUGCUUCCACCUCGUUCGCCUAUCGCUGCACAAUCCUUUGAUUCUGAUCAAGAUGAUGAUGUGCUAAAGGCUGCAUUUUCAUAUUCUGGUCUUGGAGGCACGACUCCGCCAUUUUCGCCGGGUGUCUUAGCAUCUAAAUUUUCUAUAAACAAUGCCUUUGCAGACACAUCCGCUGGAAGCAAUAGCUUGUUUAGUAAUAUUGAUUCGAGAAAAUCAUCAUCCGAAUCCGAGUGGCUUUAUCGAGAUCCCGCGGGUAAAAUACAAGGUCCAUUUAGUAGUCAAGAAAUGAAUGAUUGGUUCAAAGGAGGAUUUUUUACAGGCUCUCUUAUGGUAAAGAGAGUAGAUGAUCCUUCUUUUGAACCGUUGGCAAAUUUAAUUCGGAAAACUGGUGAUGAAGAGAAACCAUUUUCAGCCCCUUUAUUAAGUGGAAGGCCUCCGCUGACAAUUGCAAUGCCACCUACCACUUCGGGACGUUUAGUAAAUGAUCCAUUCCAGAGAGGUUGGGGUGCACCAAGUUCACCAAGUACUGCACAAUUAUUCUUGGAUCAGCAACGAUUUAAUCCGUUUGGAGGCACAACAUCAGUUCCCACUACUCCAUUUGAUCGAUACCAAUUUGGGAGUGUAUUUGGUAAUAGAACUAGUGAGAUUAGCAAUGGAUGGAAUGAUUUGAAUACCGCUACUACUAAUAGUAAUAAUAAUAGUACAUGGCCUACCUCAGAAACCUUUACUCCAACCACGGGGAAUUUAUCUCCUCGAUUGCAAAAUCCCAGUUCACCUUUAUUUAGUAGCACUAGUGCCUUUGGGAUCCCGCAGACUCAUAAUUACAUGGAACAUCAACGCGCACUUAACUCGCAAAUCGAACGAUUCGGUGCUAUCUCUGGUCCAAUUUCAGCCCCAAUAUCUAAUACACCAACUGCUCUUAUCGACGUUAUAUCACGUGCUGCUGCUGCUCCAUGGAAUGCUACAAGUGAACAGCAAACACCUUCUUCUCCAUGGAAUCCGAUCGUUACUCCGAACGUAGCCCCUACUCCUUCACGAGUAUCAACAACACAACAUGAAGAAGUUGGUUAUUUUGGUACGAGAAAAGAUCUCAAUUUUGGGCUUAAUACUCAACCAAUUCAAUUUGAAUCGUCGUCUCCACUUCAUCAGUCCAACGAAACACCACAAUUCGAAACCAGUGGAGCACAAACGCAAGAAUCUGAACUGGAGAUCAAGGUAAAUAACACUGCUGAAGCAAUUGCAAAGGUUGUUCUUGCUGACGAAGAACCCAGCACAAAUAAACAUAUUAAAGAGCAAACAGUGGAAGAAAAGAAACAAUCUGCUGAUGAGCCAACUAUUACGACUAAAGUUAAUGUUGUACAAGAAACUCCGAUAACUUCUAAAAAGGAAGAAUCCUCUAAUAAAUCCCGACCCUCUUUGCGAGAAAUUCAGGCUGAUGAAGAAAGAAAAAAACAACAGGAAGAGAGAGAAAAAUCUCAAAAAUCGGCCAAUUUAGCAUGGGGAGGUGUUAUUCCCACUAGUACUUUAUCUUCUCCAUGGGCUACCAAGGAUGAUGAAAAUGGAUCUCACAAGGCUCCAUCUCUUCGCGAAAUUCAAGAAAUGGAAGCUCGUAAAGCUGCAGAGCGAAAGGCUGUGGAACGAAUUAAUACCGCUAAUUUUGUUGCUCAAAGUGCUGCCGUCUCCAACACUACAAAAGAUGAAAUUGCGGCGAUCAACACUUCGUGGGGUAUGAUGUUACCCAACUCAUCAACUGCAACUAAUACCACAACCGCAGCAUCAAAUUCUUCAUCACUUUCAUCUUCACCGAUUGUUACUGCUGCUCCAGCUUGGCAUUCGAACAACGUUGGACCGAAGAAAACAUUAAGGGAAAUUCAGAAAGAGGAGGAAGAAGCAAUGAAAAAACGUCAUAGGAUGAGAGAAAUGCAACAACAAGCAUCGUUGAAUGCUGCUGCAGCAGGAAAUCCUACUGUUUCGAGUGGUUUGGGAAAACGUUACGCAGACACUCUAGUCGCGGGUGGUGUCACUGUUGGUGGAGUGAAGAAGCCUGCAUUACCACCAGCAAUUGGCUCAGCUUGGACUACUGUUGCCGCUGGUAAACCGGGUGCGGCCUCGCGUGUUAGUACUGGUACAAAUCCAUCAUUUAAUGUCAAUUCGAAUACAAAUAUUGCAGCUUCUAAUGUAUUAAAAUUAGGUAAUCUGUCUAAAGAAUCUUCUUUUGCUUGGGAUGUAGAGGCCAUUAAAAAUAACAUUAGUGGAUUACAAAAUGCUCAAAGAACACAAAUCCAAACUAAUCAAAAUGCUCCUCGCCCUCCUUCCGAAGAAUUCAUGAAAUGGUGUCGUAACAUAUUGCGUCCCUUGAAUAAUAACAUUAACGUCGACGAUUUUAUCCAAAUGCUCUUCACCUUUCCAUUGGACCCGCCACCGAACACCCUCGAGAUUAUCCAAGAAUCUGUCUAUGAAUAUUCGACCAAUUUGGAUGGACGUCGUUUCGCCGACGAGUUUGUAAAAAGACGAAAAGCUGAUGCUGCUGGUAUUUCAAUGAGUAGUUAUUCGAGUUAUCACGGAGAAGGAAAAUUAGGAAAAGAUGUGGGAACGAAUAAUUCUGUUGUUGGUGUAAAAGAGGACACAAGUAGUAGCACAAAUGCCUUUAAAGUUGUGACUGCAAAAAAGGGCAAAAAGAAACAUUAA